AUGGGUAUCCCAGCGGCUUUCCGAUGGCUGUCAAACAAGUACCCCAAGAUCAUCUCCCCAGUCAUCGAGGAGCAACCCGUCAAGAUGGACGAUGGAUCAGAAAUACCCGUCGACACAACCGGGCCUAAUCCGAAUGGCGAGGAGCUCGACAACCUGUAUCUCGACAUGAACGGUAUCGUGCAUCCAUGUUCCCACCCCGAGGAUCGCCCCGCCCCCAAGGAUGAGGAGGAGAUGAUGCUUGAAGUUUUCAGGUAUACGGAUCGUGUUGUCAAUAUGGUCCGGCCGCGAAAGCUGCUGAUGAUUGCUGUUGACGGCGUCGCGCCACGUGCAAAGAUGAAUCAACAACGAUCCCGUCGGUUCCGGUCUGCGCAGGAAGCCCAGGAAAAGGAAGAGGAUAAGCAAGAGCUAUUGAAGUUGUUGAAGCAGCAGAAUGGUGGCGCAGUACCUGAUGACACGCUCGAGGGCGUCACCAAGAAGGCUUUUGACUCCAAUUCAAUUACUCCCGGCACUCCCUUCAUGGACAUCUUGGCCUCGAGCUUAAGAUACUGGUGCGCGUACAAGCUGAAUACAGACCCGGCUUGGGCGAAACUUAAGAUCAUCAUCUCCGAUGCGACAGUCCCCGGCGAGGGAGAGCAUAAGAUUAUGUCAUUCGUACGAUCUCAGCGCAUCUCUCCCGACUACGACCCGAAUACCCGACACGUCAUUUAUGGCCUCGAUGCCGACUUGAUCAUGCUUGGUCUCGCAACUCACGAGCCUCACUUCCGAGUUCUACGUGAGGAUGUCUUCUUUCAAGAUAGCAAGGCCAAGAUGUGCAAGCUUUGUGGGCAGAAGGGCCACGAGGCUCGCGCUUGUCGUGGGCAGGCCAAGGAGAAGGUUGGCGAAUUCGACGAACAGGAGAAGAGUCCCACUUUGAAGCCCUUCAUCUGGCUACACGUUCCCAUUCUGCGGGAGUACUUGGCAGUAGAGCUUAAUGUUCCAGGUCUGCCCUUCCGCUUCGACCUGGAGAGGGCCCUUGAUGACUGGGUAUUCAUGUGCUGUUUCGUUGGCAACGACUUUCUGCCUCACUUACCGGCAUUGGAGAUCCGGGAGAACGGAAUCGACACCCUGACAGCCAUUUGGAAAGACAACUUGCCAUUCAUGGGUGGCUAUGUCACCAAGGAUGGUCACGUCGACUUGGGUCGAGCGCAGUACAUUCUCAAUGGCCUAGCGAAGCAAGAGGAUGCGAUCUUCAAGAGGAGAAAGGAGACUGAGGAUCGUAGAGAGGCCAGCUUCAAGCGGAGAAAGCUUCAAGAGGAGCAGCGUAACCCCAGAUUUGCCAAGCCGAAGCAAGUCGACGAUGCGUCUGCUGGCUUGAGCUUGUUUGCGGUGGCAGGAGGACCAAAUGGGAUCACCCACGACAAAGUAGUUGGCCGGUCUUCUAAUAUGAACGCCAACACUGCCAACAAGAGUGCCGCAAGCGCUAUACGGGACCAACUGAAAGGUUUGACGCCCAGGAAUGAGAUCAGCCAGGAAGACGACUCGGCGAAGGUCACGAAGGACGAGGUCCCCAAGCCAGCUGAUGAAAAUACCAUACUGGGAAAACGCAAAGCUGAAGAUGAUACUGCAACAACGGCCGAUUCCGCCGCGGCCAGCGCAAAGGGCCCCGGCACGUCGUCCGCUGCCGAGGAGGCUGCGGUGGAUCAUGUCAGAAUGUGGGAAGAGGGUUACGCCGAUAGAUACUACGAACAAAAGUUCCAUGUUGAUCGGAGCGAUCUCGAGUUCCGGCACAAGGUUGCGCAGGCUUACGUGGAGGGCCUGUCGUGGGUUUUGCUGUACUACUUCCAGGGCUGUCCCUCAUGGGAAUGGUAUUACCCAUACCAUUACGCGCCCUUUGCUGCAGACUUUGUCGAUCUUGAUAAGAUGGAUGUUCAUUUUGAAAAGGGGCGGAUUUCGAAGCCGUUUGAGCAGUUGAUGAGUGUGCUGCCAGCAGCCUCUCGCCACGCGUUACCCGAAGUCUUCCAUGAGCUUAUGCUGAAUGAAGAUAGCGAUGUGAUCGACUUUUACCCGUCAGAUUUUGAGAUUGAUCUAAACGGAAAGAAGAUGGCAUGGCAGGGAGUAGCAUUGCUGCCGUUUAUCGAGAUGCCAAGACUGCUCGCCGCCAUCGAGACGAAGUACCCUCUCCUGAGCGAGGCAGAUCAGGCACGAAAUGGUGUCGGAAGGGACGUGUUGCUCUUAUCAGAUGCUCACCACGAACUGUAUGAUGAGAUCACCACUGGUUUCUACUCGAAGAAGCAGGGAGCGCCGACACUCAAGCUCAGCCCACGGACCAGUGACGGUUUGGCUGGCAACAUCGAGAAGAUUCCUGAUUAUCUGCCUCACGGAGAGUUAGUGUAUCCCCUGGAGCGCGGAGGAAUGCCAAAUCUCGACUACGACAGGUCUCUGAGUUCGCACCCUCACAAGUCGAUGCUGCUGCGUGGCGCCAAGCCUCCGGCUCCAGCUCUAGAUCGCAACGACAUCGAGACUUUGAAGGGUAAGUCGGCGCGAGGCGGGCGUGGCUACGGCGGAGCCCCCUUUCAACGCGGCGGUGGACACCACAAUGGCGGUCGGAGGGGGGGGCAGUUCAGCUACGCUCCUGAUGGCGGACAGGGUCGCCAAGACCGAGGGCCGCCCUCUUACGGAAGUAGUGGUGGUCAUGGACGGCAGGGAUUCCAGUCGUCAGGGCCACCGCCCAUCCAAUCAUCGUGGCAACCUCCCCCUCCCGGGCACCCUGGGUUCGGUAUGGGUCUUCCACCGCCACCCCCUCCAUCGGGGUAUGGAAACGAUGGGCGAGCAUCCAACGGUUCCUACCGCGGAGGAGGCUACAAUCAGCACCAGAACUACGGGCCCCCGGCACCAGGGCCGCAUUCGCAGUACAGCUAUCCCGACGGAGGUCGGCAAGGAGGUCGUGGGGGCUACCAGGGCCGCGGGGGCUAUGGUGGUGGACGCGGCAGCGGCGGCGGAGGUGGAAGUGGCAGAUAUGGCGGCGGCCGCAAUUAUUACUGA